AUGACUAUACGGUUUUCCAAAAGUCGCGCGUGCAUUAUCGUACUAUCUAUAUGUUUUACGGUUGCUUACGCGCUCGAGAACGAUGCGUUCCCGAUCGACUCGUCCAACAUUAUACAAGCACGUGGAAGAAAUUAUCCGUUGGUGAAAGAGAGUGUGGUAAAAGAAUCGACGAAGAAGAACGUAGAACGAUGGUACUUUGGAUUUGAAAAAGAGACAGAACCGAAGGAAGAGGAGGAAUGUACGAAUCGUUCGAUAUAUGAUUUUCCUACAGAUUUGUUCUCAUAUCAACAACGUCGGCACGGAGCUGUAGUGUUACAUGCCUUUCUUGGACUGUAUUGUUUUCUAUUAACGGCAUUCGUUUGUCACGAUUAUUUAUUACCGGCUGUCGAUUGCAUAUGCGUGAACAUGCACAUAAGCACAGACGUUGCUGGAGCGACAUUUCUAGCAAUGGCCAGUUCUUUUCCCGAAUUAUUCGUGAAUAUCAUUGGAACGUUUCUAACGGAGUCAGAUCUUGGUGCCGGGACCGUGGUUGGUAGCGCGGUAUUCGACACGUUUGCAACUCCGGCUUGUGGCGCAUUGACGACUCUUUACGCAAUACCGUUAGAAUGGCGAAUAUUAUCACGAGAUUGUACAAUGUACGUGAUAUCCGUCGGAACAUUGGUAAUAAUAAUGUGGGAUGAUCGGAUUCAAUGGUACGAAGCCAUGGUUUUGUUAAUACUGUUCUGUUCUUAUCUAAUUUUGCUGUUUUGCGGCAAAAUUAAGAAGCUGUGUUGCGGUAAAAUCAUUUUAAAGAACAACUCCUUGUGAUUGAUCAUAGUGUCUAACGUUGGCGAUAAGUUGUCCUCUAAUGGAUCAUACAACCUGCGUCAACAGAACAACGCUGUUGCUGUGAAUUUUAACGAGAACGCGAAUAUGGAGAAAUUGGAAAGGAAGCCGAACGGAACACGUGAUCCUGAAAACGUGGCAAAUUCCGAGAAAUCAAUGGAUCGUUUAGUUUUCGAAUAUUUAUUUACUUGGCCAAAGGAGCGAAAUAUUAUUGGAAAGUGUUGGUUUAUACUUGGUUGGCCAUUGAAAUUUCUGCUCUUCGUAACGAUACCAGACAUCAGAGUCGAACGUUUGAAACACUGGUAUCCAUUGUCAUUUAUUAUGUGCAUCAUUUGGAUCGCGAUAUCCUCUUAUUUGGUAUCUUGGAUGGUAACGGUCGUGGGUGAUACCAUAGAAAUUCCGGAUUCCAUUAUGGGUCUUACAUUUUUAGCCGCUGGUGGGAAUAUGCCAGAAAUGGCGUCCAUCGUAGUUUUAGCGAAACAAGGGGAUGGAAACAUGGCGAUGAGCAAUACAUUAGGGGCAAAUAUUCUCGACAUUUUACUUUGCUUGGGUUUACCAUGGAUGAUAAAAUGUUUAAUGACAGGAAGGGACGUGCAGAUCGUAUCAGGAGCUCUGUCGUACAGUGUACUUUCAACGGUUGUUUGCAUAAUCGUUCUUUACGCGGUUAUAGCAUGUUUCAAGUUUAAAUUGAAUAAGAAAGUAGGAAUCAUAUGCCUGCUAUUGUAUACGAUAUUUUUAAUAUUCGCAAUUCUCGUUGAAUUGAACAUUUUCUUUCCCGUAAAUUUACCCAUGUGCGAUUAA